AUGUUGCCCGUCGCGUUGUUAAGACCGUACUGUUCGGCGGCCCGUCGGUUAUUGGCGGCGGGCGACCGCGCGGUCGUGCACAAACGCGUGGACGCCGCGGACAUUGAAAACUUCGCCCGUCUGACGGGCGACCACAAUCCGGUACACUCGGGCGACCGGCCCGUGGCCCACGGCGUCUACCUGGCCGGGCUGGUGUCCGCGGUGAUCGGCACCCGGUUGCCCGGGCCCGGCACCGUGCUCGUGUCCAAGACGAUGCGGUUCCCGAACGCGUGCCGGGCCGGCGACCUGGUCCGGAUCCUGGUCGAGGUGCGGUCCGUCCGAAAAAUAAUAAAAUGCGAGUUCCGGUGUAGCGUCGGCGACAAGGUGGUCAUGGAGGGCUCGGCGGACGUGGUCGUCGACAGGAAGGGUUUUACCGGAGACACGCCGCGGCGAAACGACGACGAAACGUGAACUAUACGGAAUGCGUUUUUCCGGGCGUACAUAUCGGCGGCGAAAUUUAAUUUUCUAUUUUCCGUCGUACUGCCGAUGUCGCCGCGAACGG